AUGGUUAAAAUGGGUGUGAUGGCUUGUGUAGACGUCACAGCAUCUCUCAACAGCUUCCUGGGACCAUCCGCCAUCCCGUUAAUCACGGGGAGCCCUGGAAAUACAUCGACCUCCGUUAUCUCGCAAGCAUGGCCGACGUUCCAGCGAUAAUAAACAUCGCGAUCUCCUUGAAAAUCCAACCCAAUGACGGACCCGUGUUUUAUAAAGUGGACGGGACGAGGUUCGGCCAGAGCAGGACAAUCAAAUUGCUGACAGGAUCGAAAUACAAAAUCGAGGUGAUCGUGAAGCCGGGUAGUGCGGAGGCCACCACAAUGGGAAUCGGCGGAAAGAGCUUCCCUUUGGAGCAGCAGUCCAAAGAUGAGGAGCAGAUCGUCUACAAUGGCAACUACGACACUGAGGGAGUGCCACACACCAAGAGCGGGGACAGACAACCUGUGCAGGUCUCCAUAGAGUUCAAAGAUGUCGGCAUGUUUGAAACCGUAUGGCAAGUGAAAUACUACAACUACUACAAGAGAGAGCACUGCCAGUUCGGCAACAGCUUCAACUGCAUCGAGUACGAGGCCAAGCCCAACGAGACCCGCAGCCUCAUGUGGAUAAACAAAGAGGUCUUCCAGUAAAACACGAGCGGAGCAGCAGCAGCAAACCUGCACAAUAUGUCCUGUAACCAUCAUGGCGCCGCUGUGUGUGAGAUAGAUGACUGCAAAGUGCUCAAGUGAAAUAAGAUGUGACUAUUAAAGGCUCCAAACAAGUGAUCCAUCAGGGUAUCUGCAUCUAUUCGUUGUACCACUGGUCAUGCAUGAUCUGAACGUUUCAGUCUGAACAGAAUUUCUCCCCAUUUGUGUCUCUUCCUCUGUAUCUCACCUGAGAUGGCGAAACUCAGAAAAAGAUGGUGAUAUUUUGGGUGAAAGUCUCCAUGGGAAAGGUUAUUUGAAUGAGACCCGAAUUUACAGCUCUCUCUUGGUCAUUUGCACAGCACAUAUCAGCUCUAUUAUGGUUACAAAUACACCGAGACCAUCUUUCUUCAAGACUCAGAUGAGAAAACUGCACUGCAGGCCUGUAUUUACCCCAGCGGUUUGCUGUUUUAGAGACAGACAGUGCUCCACAAUGCUUGCUCAAAAAGGUGCUGGAUGAAAGUUCACAGGCUAUACAUGAUACUCUAAUGUAAUAUUAUAUAAGCAAAGACCAGUCGGUUAAUAUUGUGAUCUUUUGGGACCAGCGUAAAACAAUUAUUUAUUUGUGUCUGUUUCUGGAUGGUGUGAAUGGAUGUUUAAUUAUUUCCUAUUUUGUGUUACUGUUGUUCACUGCUUAAACUGUUAUAUAGGUUGCCUAUUUUUCACAGAAGCAUUAGUUCACCGGUGAGAGUUAGAAGCGAAUCAGAAAUGCAGUUGCUUAAUUCUAUGCCUAUUUUUAUUCUGAUUAUUUGUUUGCUCAUGGGGUACCUAUGUGUGUUGCUGAAUAUCAAUCUUGAUUUUUGUGUGACUUGGAGCCAAA